UCGGGCGCCAUCUUGUCUUGUUCGUGAAGAAGUAGAAGCAUCGAAAGGUUUGGAGAGGUAUUACAGGAACGGUGGCGACAACGGUGUUCCGGAAUCAGAGUGAGUAAGUGGUGGAGAACAAUUACGCGUGGGGACUUGGCAGGCCAUUACAGCCUUCUUGGCUUCUCUGGCGAAGCUAGCAUAACUUAAACACGUAGGCUGCGUACGCUGCUUGGCGCGACCGCUGGAACCUCAUCUCCUUAAAGCGGCGGUGUCCGCCCGACUUGGGCAUAAAUAAUCUUGCUGCUAUGCUUCCAAGCUGUAGUCUGAAUCAACCUAAAUUUUAAACGGAAGGUGAACCUCUGAGGUAGAAAAUCAAAUAUAUUUUAAAAGUCAGGAUGUGGGAUCAAGGAGGACAGCCUUGGCAGCAAUGGCCCUUGAACCAGCAACAGUGGAUGCAGUCCUUCCAGCACCAGCAGGAUCCAAGCCAGAUUGACUGGGCUGCAUUGGCUCAAGCUUGGAUUGCCCAAAGAGAAGCUUCAGGGCAGCAAAGUAUGGUAGAACAACCACCAGGAAUGAUGCCAAAUGGACAAGAUAUGUCUACAAUGGAAUCUGGUCCAAACAAUCAUGGGAAUUUUCAAGGGGAUUCAAACUUUAACAGAAUGUGGCAACCAGAAUGGGGAAUGCAUCAGCAGCCCCCACACCCCCCUCCAGAUCAGCCAUGGAUGCCACCAACACCAGGCCCAAUGGACAUUGUUCCUCCUUCCGAAGACAGCAACAGUCAGGACAGUGGGGAAUUUGCCCCUGACAACAGGCAUAUAUUUAACCAGAACAAUCACAACUUUGGUGGACCACCCGAUAAUUUUGCAGUGGGGCCAGUGAACCAGUUUGACUAUCAGCAUGGGGCUGCUUUUGGUCCACCGCAAGGUGGAUUUCAUCCUCCUUAUUGGCAACCAGGACCUCCAGGACCUCCAGCACCUCCCCAGAAUCGAAGAGAAAGGCCAUCAUCAUUCAGGGAUCGGCAGCGAUCACCUAUUGCACUUCCUGUGAAGCAGGAGCCUCCACAAAUUGAUGCAGUAAAACGCAGGACUCUUCCAGCUUGGAUUCGAGAAGGCCUUGAAAAAAUGGAACGUGAAAAGCAGAAGAAAUUGGAGAAAGAAAGAAUGGAGCAACAACGUUCACAAUUGUCCAAAAAAGAAAAGAAGGCCACAGAAGAUGCUGAAGGAGGGGAUGGCCCUCGCUUACCUCAGAGAAGUAAAUUUGAUAGUGAUGAGGAAGAUGAAGACACUGAAAAUGUUGAGGCUGCUAGUAGUGGAAAAGUCACCAGAAGUCCAUCUCCAGUUCCUCAGGACGAGCACAGUGAACCAGAGAUGACUGAAGAAGAGAAAGAGUAUCAAAUGAUGUUGCUGACAAAAAUGCUUCUAACCGAAAUUCUACUGGAUGUCACGGAUGAAGAAAUUUAUUAUGUAGCCAAAGAUGCACACAGGAAAGCAACGAAAGCUCCUGCAAAACAGCUGGCACAGUCCAGUGCACUGGCUUCCCUCACUGGACUCGGUGGACUGGGUGGUUAUGGAUCAGGAGACAGUGAAGAUGAGAGGAGUGACAGAGGCUCUGAGUCAUCUGACACUGAUGAUGAGGAAUUACGGCACCGAAUCCGGCAAAAACAGGAAGCUUUUUGGAGAAAAGAAAAGGAACAGCAGCUAUUACAUGAUAAACAGAUGGAAGAAGAAAAGCAGCAAACAGAAAGGGUUACAAAAGAGAUGAAUGAAUUUAUCCAUAAAGAGCAAAAUAGUUUAUCACUACUAGAAGCAAGAGAAGCAGAUGGUGAUGUGGUUAAUGAAAAGAAAAGAACUCCAAAUGAAACUACGUCAGUUUUAGAACCAAAAAAAGAGCAUAAAGAAAAAGAGAAACAAGGAAGAAGUAGAUCAGGAAGUUCUAGUAGUGGUAGUUCCAGUAGCAAUAGCAGAACGAGUAGUACUAGUAGUACUGUCUCUAGCUCUUCAUACAGUUCUAGCUCAGGUAGUAGUCGUACUUCUUCCCGAUCUUCUUCUCCUAAAAGGAAAAAAAGACAUAGUAGGAGUAGAUCUCCAACAAUUAAAGCUAGACGGAGUAGAAGUAGAAGUUACUCUCGCAGAAUUAAAAUAGAGAGCAAUAGGGCUAGAGUAAAGAUUAGAGAUAGGAGGAGAUCUAAUAGGAAUAGCAUUGAAAGAGAAAGACGAAGAAAUCGGAGUCCUUCUCGAGAGAGACGUAGAAGUAGAAGUCGCUCAAGGGAUAGGCGAACCAAUCGGUCCAGUCGCAGUAGGAGUCGAGAUAGGCGUAAAAUUGAUGAUCAACGUGGAAGUCUUAGUGGGAGCAGUCAUAAGCAUAAAGGUGAGGCUAAAGAACAAGAGAGAAAAAAGGAGAGGAGCCGAAGUAUAGAUAAAGAUAGGAAAAAGAAAGACAAAGAAAGGGAACGUGAACAGGAUAAAAGAAAAGAGAAACAAAAAAGAGAAGAAAAAGAUUUUAAGUUCAGUAGUCAGGAUGAUAGGUUAAAAAGGAAACGAGAAAGUGAAAGAACAUUCUCUAGGAGUGGUUCUAUAUCUGUUAAAAUUAUCAGACAUGAUUCUAGACAGGAUAGUAAGAAAAGUACUACCAAAGAUAGCAAAAAACAUUCAGGCUCUGAUUCUAGUGGAAGGAGCAGUUCUGAAUCUCCAGGAAGUAGCAAAGAAAAGAAGGCUAAGAAGCCUAAACAUAGUCGAUCGCGAUCCAUGGAGAAAUCUCAAAGGUCUGGUAAGAAGGCAAGCCGCAAACACAAGUCUAAGUCCCGAUCAAGAUCAACAACCCCUCCCCGUCGUAAACGCUGAGGAAUGAUGUGGCAAGAAUGCCAUGAUGUUUAAAAAAUUCCAUGAGUUUUAAGGGCUUGUCUCAUUAUAGAGGCACAUUGUGGCUGUGUAGGUGAAACCAGAAUCUUUUUUUUUUUUUUUUAAUCUGUAAAUAGGUGUACUUUUUCCAAAUGCUGCUCCAAGUUACUUAAUAGGAUUUCUUUGUAUUACAUUUUUUUCAAAAAAUAGUGCUUAAUAAGACUAUAAACAUGCCAUUCUCUUUCAGCUGUAAUGUUCUUAAAAUUAUUCUUGAAUGUACUGUGAUGUCAAUAAAGCUCUUCAGUUCAUUUUUGUUAA